AUGAGGAACCUUAAGAACAAGUGGGUGAAACAAGACUACUUCAGCGGAGGCUUGCACUGCCAAUGCAGCAGCAAGCACUGCUUGAACACACGGAGGGGUCGCCCUAGCGACCACAUCCAGCUCUUUGGCGAAAACAAUGCCCAAUACCAGCCCACCCGAAGUAAUGACAGGAGGACCAGGAUGGACGAGAGGGAGAUGGCUGGACCGGAAGACGCCCAUCCAUAUAAGCGCACACCAGAAGCGGAAGAAGGUCUUAAAGAAACCAUUGAGGGUUUAUUAAAUGUUGGAGUAUUGGAACCAUCUGAUUCCAGUUGGAAUACUCCCAUUUUACCAGUGGAGAAAAAACAGACAGGGAAAUACAGAAUGGCUCAUGAUUUACGGCGCGUGAAUUCAGUUGUGGCAACCCACACUGCGCCCGUGCCUAAUCCUUACACAACGAUGUCGGCAUUAACUCCGUCGCACCGGUGGUUUUCCUGUAUUGAUUUGGCCAAUGCAUUUUUUUGCAUACCUCUACAUGAAUCAGUCCGAGACAUUUUCAGUUUUGAAUUCAAAGGGCAGUAUUUUCGAUACUCUAGGCUUCCACAGGGGUUUGUACUUUCACCAGGAUUGUUUAAUCAAACUUUGAAACAACUCUUACAAUCUCUCGAAUUGCCAGAUGGUGUGAAACUUGUGAUGUACGUAGACGAUUUGCUUCUGGCUGCCCCCGAUUCUGACACUUGUAUGAGAGCAACAGAGGCUUUGUUGCGGAAAUUACAUGAUUUGGGAUUUAAGGUGUCUAGGGAGAAACUGCAAUGUUGUCGCCCUGUGGUUUCUUUUCUGGGACGGGUGCUCUCCUCUCGAGGCACUGGUGUGUCUUCCACACACCGUCAGGCUAUUUUGGAUCACAUUAAGCCAACCACAGUUAAAGACAUGUUAUCAUUUUUAGGUCUGACAGGAUAUAGUAGACACUAUGUCCCUGCCUAUGGUGAAUUAACAGCACCUCUGCGAGCUAUGGUGAAUGAAAAGGGCAUGCGUAACUUGAAAGAAAAACUGGCAUGGACUACGGAAGGGGAGCAAUGUUUUAUACGGUUGAAACAGGCUCUUACGAGCGCUGCGGAUUUGGCUGUGCCUGAUUACACUCUACCAUUUUAUUUGGAUGUUUCUGAAAAAGCACACAUGGUUAACGGUGUGCUCUUUCAGAAAAAAGGGGGUGGUAGGCAAAUACUGAUGUAUUCAAGCGUGACACUGGAUCCAACAGAGGAUAGGCACCCACCAUGCACAAGGCAUGCUGCAGGGGUGGCGAAAAUCUUGCAAAAAACAGCUCAUAUUGUCAUGGGCCAUCCUUUGUCUGUUUUAACAACUCACAGUAUUGUUGCAUAUGUCACCUCAGCAGCAUUUGAUAAAGGGAAGAAAGGAGAGAUGAUACAGAAGGAACAAGAAAAAGCAUCACCGCAUGAAAAAACUGUUUGGUUGGAAAGAGGGGCAAGUGAAGUGGAUGGAUUAUGGAGAGCACCGGAUGGGAGACCGGUGUUACCUCCCGGUCUAGUUAAAUCUCUUUUGAAAGAAGCGCAUGGUUUAACGCAUUGUGGUAAAAAGCAAAUGCAAAGAAAUUUGACUCAUUGGUGGCAUCCAUACAUGACAGCUAUGGUUGAUAAUCAUGUCAGAGAAUGCCAAGUGUGUAUCCAAUACAAUGUCAGACCUACGGUUCACCCGCAUCAAGGGGUGUUUCCGUUACCAAAAAUACCUGGGGAAGAAAUAAUCAUUGAUUACACAGACAUGAUUAACAGUGUGAGAGGGUGCCGAUAUCUUCUGGUCGCCGUGGAUGCAUACACUGGUUGGCCAGAAGCGGUACCCACUAGACACGAGGAUUCCCAGACAGUGAUUAAGUUUCUCAUUAAUCACUACAUACCAACGCACGGCUUUCCAAAAAAAAUACGAUCUGAUAACGGAAGUCAUUUUAAAAGCCAGGAUUUGCUGACGGUUGAGAAAGCAUUGGGUUUGAAACAUGCAUAUGGAACGGUUUAUCAUCCACAAUCUCAGGGAAAGGUUGAACGGAUGAAUCAGACUCUGAAAAACAAGAUGGGCAAGAUAUGUGCGCAGACGAAAUUGAAUUGGGUUGAUGCGUUACCGAUUGCUUUGAUGUCAAUACGAAGCUCGGUAAACACUACUACAAAGUUUACGCCCUAUGAGUUGUGUACCGGAAGGCAAUUUCCUGGACCGGCAGCGGGGUUGAAAUUGUCAAAUGAUGUUCAAAGUUGGUUGCAAUACAAGCCAUAUUAUGAUCAAGUAACUGCUUUGGUGUCAGCUUUUUCCUCACAGGUUGCCGCUGAAAGGGGGACCCAAGAAGGAGACCGUCAGACACCCACAACAGAGUGGGUGCUUCUUAAGGUCAUCAAGCGAAAGUGGACAGAGCCACGUUGGACGGGUCCGUUUGAGGUGGUUGAGAGAACUACGCACGCUGUCCGCCUCAGAGCGAUCGACAAGAAACCCCCUCCGUACCAACUAACAAACAUCCAGAUCGAACAGACUGUGGCCUUUUUGGCCGAGGAGAACUCUGAAAACAAUGCCCAAUACCAGCCCACCCGAAGUAAUGACAGGAGGACCAGGAUGGACGAGAGGGAGAUGGCUGGACCGGAAGACGCCAACGAGAACCCAUUGUCUUGA